AUGGCGUCCUCAGUACCUGGAUUUAGACCGAUUCCUGAAUCAAAAUAUGAUCUUUCAACUUAUUGGGGUAGGGUCAGACAUUGUGCUGAGAUCUCAGAUCCAACGAUGCUUUUAAACACAAAUAAGGAUAUACAAAAUGCUAAAAGAAUGAUUUGGGACUACAAAAAUGGUGUUUCACAGAAGUUUUCUCCCGAAUUAUGGAGAGCAAAGAGAGUCUUAGAUUCAUCUGUACAUCCUGAUACUGGUGAGACUGUUUUUUUGCCAUUCAGGAUGAGCUCCUGUGUCUUGUCAAACUUGGUUGUAACAGCUGGAAUGUUGACCCCAAAUUUGGGUAAUGUCGGUACGGUAUUUUGGCAGGUAGCGAAUCAGUCGUUAAAUGUGGCUAUUAAUAUUGAAAAUGCCAAUAAAUCACAUCCACUUUCGGUAAGACAAGUGGUUGAAAAUUUUACCAUGGCAGUAACAGCUUCUUGCUCCGUAGCAUUGGGUCUAAACUCAUUGGUGCCUCGUCUCAAAGGAUUGAAUCCUCACACUAAGUUGAUUUUGGGACGUUUAGUUCCUUUUGCUGCAGUUGUAUCUGCGGGUGUUGUUAAUGUCUUCCUCAUGAGAUCAGAGGAGCUUAAGAAAGGAAUUCGAGUAUACGACAAAAAAAAUAAAGAAGAAGUUGGGAUAUCGAAGACUGCUGCCUUUUAUGCUGUUGGGGAAACAGCAGCAAGUAGGGUUAUCAAUGCAACUCCCAUUAUGGUCGUUCCUCCCUUAAUAUUAGUUAGAUUACAGAAAUCAAGACUCUUGAAGGGAAAAGGUCAAACAAGAGAAAUUUUAGCAAACAUUGGUUUAAUAUUUGCAACUUCAUUGGUUGUUUUACCCUUUGCGCUUGCUGUCUUCCCGCAAAGAAGAACAGUGCCGGUCAAAAAGUUAGAAGAGGAAUUUCACAAUUUGAAAGACAAAAAUGGAGAUAAAAUUAAUGAAUUAGAAUUCAACAGAGGCAUAUAA